AAGAGAGAUGCGUCUAUAUUAAUGGCGGAACUACGACGACUCUUCUUCACUACAGCAACAAUUCGACCUCAAUUGAAAUUAGGGUUUAUAAACUCUGUGCGGUUAUCAUCAUCAACAACUCGUCUUCCUUUCCCCACGAUGGCCUGCGUAGAAGCGAAGAGCAACAACAGUCCCGACGUGAAGGAGCCAUCGGCGAAACUCCAGAAGCUCGAAUCCAAACCCUUCUUCAAAGUGAAGAAACUCUCCGAGAAAGCCGUCUUGCCCACGAGAGGCUCCCCUCUCUCCGCCGGCUACGAUCUCUCCAGCGCGGCGGACUCGAAGGUCCCCGCGAGAGGCAAGGCGCUCAUCCCGACGGAUCUCAGCGUCGCCGUCCCCGAAGGAACGUACGCGAGGAUCGCCCCGAGAUCCGGUCUCGCCUGGAAACACUCGAUCGACGUGGGAGCGGGGGUCAUCGACGCGGACUACAGAGGACCCGUCGGUGUGAUCCUGUUCAACCACUCGGAUGCUGAUUUCGAGGUGAAGGUGGGAGAUAGAGUCGCGCAGAUGAUUAUCGAGAGGAUCGUGACGCCGCAAGUACUGGAGGUUGAGGAUUUGGACGCUACUGUUCGUGGUGAAGGAGGUUUCGGUUCUACUGGUGUUUAAGUUUGUUUAGGGUUGUUUCGUCGAACAGAUUGUGCGCAUGGUUUUCUUAUGUAAUCUUGAAAGGCUCAUUUUAAGAUCUUUUUCUUCGUUAUAA